GUCCAGAUUGGCAGCUAAGAUUACGAGGGUAUCCGACGUCCGACAUCAACUACAUGUCGUGUAUAGACAAUGCAAGCCAUAUGCGCGAACGCAGCUUAGACGUGUAUGAGAAAUACAUUGUCAUACAGACGUAUACACAAAAACAAAGUGCCUGUUACGAGUAUCUGUUCAUUCUUCUACAUUCUGCGGGCCGUCUCGGGUGAAACUAUAUAAUAUAACAGGAAAAAUCAGAUUUAAGAACUUAUUUAUUGACAUUUCAGGUAUGUAUGCACCGUUAUCCAUUCUUGUUGACUUUGUUCAAAGCUUGUUUGUCAAUGAAAAGAUGAUCUAAAUUAACAUUAUUUUGGAACGAUACUGUGCCUAUUGCACCAUCUAGUUGCAUGAAACAAACAAAACUUUAUAUGAUAUUUCAUUUAGUCAUCAUGAAUGUUUGGCGCAUUUCCGUUUCUGUGGAGAGAAUUCUGCAACUUGUGCACAGUAGAAAUUCAUUACAUUUAGUUAUGCUGCAAUCGCUAUAUGAUUAUGUUGUGGAUUAUGUGAACGUUUGCAUGAUAUGUUAUUGCCAUCUGACCUGAUAUUCACUAUAUUUUUUUAAUGCAGACUAAUGAAAUAUACCUCGUAUCCGGGGUCUUACCUCUGCACAUAUGAAACACACGUAAUACCAGCCUCGUCCCCGGCGCUUUGAUGUUGCGUGACGCGCGCGCGGGAGGGCACGCGUGGGGGGAAGGAAAAAUUCGGAGCGAAGCUUCCGCGUCCCGUAGUGAGCAACGCACCUCGAUUCCCGCGCGUGCGUCACGCAACCAGUAAGCACAUCAAAGCGCCAGGGACGAGGCUGCACGUAAUACUGUAAGGGCAUGGUCGAAACGACCGUUGCUAGGACUUUGCCUCUGGUGUAGUUACAUUUACCUGAAUUUUUCCAGCUUCACGUUUUUACCCUGAUUUUGCGACGCCUACGAGGCGCCACCAUGGUUGGUGCCGAGGAAAACUUUUUGAAAAUUUGAAGUCUCUAGACCGUCGGAAAUGUCAUUUUUAGACUUUUUCCUACUCAAUAUUUCAAUAUUGCCUAAUGAAGAUAAGUAUUGUGACUUACAGUUCAAUGUAAGUAUGUGACAAGGAAAAUUGAGAAAAUGUUUGAAAUAUGAAGUCUCCAGAUCGUCAGAAAGGGUAUUUGACCAUGCCCCCCUGCCACGGUGGGGGUAGGUAUUUCGAGUUAAGCCCCUGUCACGCCCUUUUUCGCCGGGGGUUAAACUCGAUGAACAUAAGGUUAUUUUUAGUACUUCGAGAUAAGCCCCGAUUUACCUGAAUUUUUCCAGCUUAAUAUUUUUACCUGAUUUUGCGAUGGCUGCGAGGCGCCACCAUGGUUGGUGCCGAGCAAAACUUUUUGAAAAUUUGAAAAGUCUCUAGACCGUCGGAAAUGUCAUUUUUAGACUCUUUCCCACCCAACUAUUUCAAUAUUCCAGUAUUGCCUAAUGAAGAUAAGUAUUGUUACUUACAGUUCAAUGCGAGUAUGUGACUAAGAAAAUUGAAAAAAUAUUUGAAAUAUGGAGUCUCCAGAUCGUCAGAAAGGGUAUUUGACCAUGUCCCCCUACCACGAUGGGGGUGGGUGUAAUUCUGGAGUUAAGAGCGACUGUCCGUAAAAAUCGAGCAAACAGUGGCAAUAGAUGAAAAAUAGAUUUCUUUCAUAUUUUGCUUAAAUUUAGGUAAUACCUAGUUAUAAAUGGUGUUUGGGUUAGAUAUUCAAUAUUUGGUCGAUAAACGUACAAAUAUCAGAAAUCAAGAAUUUGUCUCCGGAAGGCUAUAAUUAGCUGCAGACCUUUUUGUUGCCAUGGUCAAUUUCAUCACUUCGCGACGGAUUCAAAACUGCCCGUAGAUAUUUCUGAUAGUUUAAUGACUAUAAUUCAAGUAUUAAAGAACAUUCUUUUCAAUAUAGAAUGGCCCAGGAGGCUUUAACUGGCCUGACAGACGUCGUUGAAAUUGGCUAUUUUUAGUCAAAUUUUAGAAUUGCAUUUUGUGGCUGGAUUUGAAGGGGAAAUUUAGUAUGUGCGAUAAUAGUGAAUUUGUUUAUAUUUCAUCCACGGAAUGGUAUAGCAUGGGUACAUGUUAUAUAUAAAAACUAGCUUGGGUUAUUGCCUUGGAGCCUCACACGGAACUUUUGAAAAAGCUCAUUUUGGUGAUUUCCAGUGGAAUGUAACACAAUUAAAUCAUUAGGUCUAUACGUCUAUACAAAGUCACGAAGCUCAAAUUGUUCAAAACUUUGAAUUUUGUGUUUCGAUAUCCAAUGUAUAUGCUUUGUAUACUUUAUAAAGAAGCGUUUAGAAGGAUUUUCAAGAUAUUUUAGUGAUAGGCCUACUUACAACAAAAGCACAACAAAUCAUCAUAUUAUAUUACUAGACUGUAACGUUGCUAUUUAUAGCAAUUUGCGUGUUGUUACUGAAUGUAUAUUUAAUAUGUCUGUCUGUAAGCUUUUGAAGUCUUAUAAUUUCUCAUAUUUGUUUAAUCAUGUAAACUAAUAGAAUUAAAGCUAGGUAAAUACAAUAAAAGUACAUGAGUUGGAACAUGUAUAUGUUUACACUUUUAAUACGCUAGACAUUUUGCUGGACUCUCCUGUUACGAAACUAACAAACAAGUGACCCUCUUCUACAUAUGCUACAAAUAAGAAAAAAAGUUAUGUACAUGAGCAAAAUACAAACUGUCAAAAACUCAAAAUGGAAGCGACAAGGAGCGACUUCGACGUUUUGCCUUUCCUGUGAAAAUGCAAGCGGAAUAAUUAACGUGACAACCUAAAAACUAGAAAUAAUUAUAUAGUCUACAUAUGCAAAAAGUAGUUUAUGCAAGAAAAUAAACCAAAAGUGACUGUCGAUAAAUUUAUUGUUUAAAACGUUCUUAAUUAACCGAACCAACACUAAAACUUAUGAUCAUAGAUAUCUUAUAUAAGAUAUCUAUGCUUAUGAUACGCUAUAGCGCUUAUAACCUUUGGUACAACUGGUGUGAAACUUAAAAUAUCGAUUCAAUACAUUUAAUAUCAAUAUAUUUAUUGCAAAAUAGCUAUUAUGUCAAAAUAAGAAAACUUAAGACUCUCACGCGAAUUUGCCUAUGGUGCAGACCCCAGCAGAAACACGCGAAUAUAGACAAUGUUUUUUUAAGCGACCGUUAAUAGUUAGUUGCAAGCGACCGUAAUAAUAACAUUAAAGGGAGUCCCUUAAAGGACCCUACAGUCAUUUUUUAGUCGAAAAGCCACCAUAAGUAGGGGACUCCACGGAGAUUCGUUUGGCUGUAUCUUACAUGCAGUAUCCAUGAAUAUGAGUACUUCCGCACACCGGAAGACGCAUGCACCGGAAGACGCAUGCAUGCCGUGAUGCGCAUGUCAAGUAGUGACAAUAACAAAAAUGUAAACAAUAUUUACUUGACUAAAAAAUGACUGUAGGGCCCCUUUAACAAUGUCAAGGUGGGUCAAGGUUUUAUCAAAAGCGAUUGACUGUUAGAUUUACUUUACAAAUUAAUAACUAAAUAACGUUAUUUCCUAUAGAUAUAGCUUUAUUGUAACUUUUUAAUGGGUAUAAAAAACGCGUGGAAACGGUGAAUUACUACAAUAGAUUGAAAAUUAUUAUUAUUUAUCAUUUUGACGUUUGAGUGAUUGAAAUGAGUUAAUUUAUACUAUAUCGAAUGUCAUGUUGAAUCUUAUGCGUACUUCACAAUGGUUGCUAUUUCGUUGUAUAUUUCAAUCUCGAUUUCAAUUGUAUUACUAUUUAUAAUUUAAAUUGUGUUUGAUAUUUAUAUUUCAUGUUGUUUACAAAAUGUGCUGUAGUUUUGAAGCUUUGCACACGAUAUAAUCAGUGCGAGCACAAUGGCUCCAUUUCAGUUUGAGUAUAUAAAAAUCGAGUAUUUUGAUAGCGUUCGCGGCUUUGAGGCUUUCACGAUAUAUAAAUAUAAACGCGUGAUAGUUGAUAAAUAAUCAGUGCGAGCACAACGGCUCCAAAAUCACAACAAAUAACAAAAUAUAAGGUAAGUUAAAACAGUAAAGCUUUACCUACCUCGAUUUAUUUUUCUAAGGCGCACGAUUAUGUAAAUUUUCGGCGAAUAAUCAAUAUAUAAAUUUUCUUUGCGUUUCCUCGACGAAAACUCGGCAUGAAAAUGCUCGUCGGAAAUUCGGUAUUUGUCGUAUUUUACGAAUCUGCCACGUGACUGGUACGCUCACCGAACACGACACGAAAUUUAGAGCUAUAUGAAAGUUGCAUGCCAUAUAUGGCAUGCAACAAAAAGAAGAGAAGCUAAACAAGUAAAGAGUGGGGACCAAUUAUUUGUUAUGACAAAACAUAAAUAAUCCGAACUGUUCACUUGCAGGUGCACCCAUUAAACAUGCCAAUUUUGACUAAAUUCUAUUAACAACCUCGGUUGUUGAACAUCAGACUAUCUUGACACGAUCUCACGGUGACGUCACAACGUCAAAAUAUUUAUAAAAAACGAGAUAAAUUGAAUAUGAAUGAACUGUUACAGUCAUUCUUCAUCAUUGAAGCUGUAUUUUUGAGCAAAACAAAAUCUCUACAGAAAAUUAAACUAGAAUCAAUCAACCAAGAUUACGUUCAUUUCCACGCAGUGUGGGACAUCAUUUACAAAGGAUCUUUUUUAAAAGUCUCGCGUGAGGCCCCACGGCAAUAACCCAAGUCAGUUUUUAUAUACAACAUGUAUCCAUGCUAUAGCAUUCCGUGGAUGAAAUAUAAACGACAGUCACUUUUUGGUUUAUUUUCUUGCAUAAACUACUUGUCUACUUCUUGCAUAUGUAGACUAUAAUUAUUUCUAGUUUUUAAGUUGUCACGUUCAUUAUUCCGCUUGCAUUUUCAUAGGAAAGGCUAAACAUCGAAGUCGCUCCUUGUCGCUUCCAUUUUGAGUUUUUGACAGUUUUUGACUGUUUGCUCAUGUACAUAUAUCUUUUUCUUAUUUGUAGCAUAUGUAAAAGAGGGUCACCUGUUUGUUAGUUUCGUCAGGAGAGUCCAGCAAAAUGUCUAGCGUAAAGUGUAAACAUAUACAUGUUCCAACUCAUGUACUUUUAUUGUAUUUACCUAGCUUUAAUUCUAUUAGUUUACAUACUGUAUGCAGAGAAAGCAUUAAACAAAUAUGAGAAAUUAUAAGACUUCAAAAGCUUACAGACAGACAUAUUAAAUAUACAUUCAGUAACAACACACAAAUUGCUAUAAAUAGCAACGUUACAGUCUAGUAAUAUAGUAUGAUAAUUUGUUGUGCUUUUGUUGUAAGUAGGCCUAUCACUAAAAUAUCUUGAAAAUCCUUCUAAACGCUUCUUUAUAAAGUAUACAAAGCAUAUACAUUGGAUAUCGAAACACAAAAUUCAAAGUUUUGAACAAUUUGAGCUUCGUGACUUUUGUAUAGACGUAUAGACCUAAUGAUUUAAUUGUGUUACAUUCCACUGGAAAUCACCAAAAUGAGCUUUUUUAAAAGUCUUGUGCGAGGCUCCAAGGCAAAUAACCCAAGCUAGUUUUUAUAUAUAACAUGUACUCAUGCUAUACCAUUCCGUGGAUGAAAUAUAAACAAAUUCACGAUUAUCGCACAUAGUAAAUUUCCACUUCAAAUCCAGCCACAAAAUGCAAUUCUAAAAUUUGACUAAAAAUAGCCAAUUUCUACGACGUCUGUCAGGCCAGUUAAAGCCUCCUGAACCAUUUUAUAUUGAUAACAGUGUUCUUUACUACUUGAAUUAUAGUCAUUAAACUAUCAGAACUAUCUGUAAAUAAAUAAAACUUUACACUGUGAUAACUUGUAAUAUCAACUUUUAAUAUGAACAACUUUACAACUCUAUCAGCGUGACCACAUGUUCGCCAUGUUGAGUUCCACUGCUCCACUCUCCUGCGCAGACUCAGUCACGUGCUGUUACAUUAACAUAAAGAAUAUUAACAAAUUCCACUAUUUUAUUUAAGCAAACAAUAUACCAGUUUCUAAGGCGUUUCUUAGCACUUUGGGUGAGGCACCUUUCUUCGUUAGACUAUCUGCAAGUUGCCUAUUGGUACUGCACCAAUUAACAGAUGUAAUCUGUUUUGCUUCAAUUAACUCUUUUAUGCUGCUAAUAUCUAACCUAAGACGUUUUUCUGACACACUCUUUACUGACUUCAAGGCUUCAUAAAGUGAGUUACAGUCGGUGUAACAUUCUAUGGGAAACAUGGUGGGGUAAGGUUUACCAUACAUUAAUUCAGCAAGAAGAGUACAUAAGAAUAUACUAUUAUCUAUUCCCUCCGCCAAGGCGAGGGUUUCAGCAGCGAGAGUGCUCCUUACUACCCUACGGAUUUUCUUAGAAUUCCACCAAAUAGGUGAGAAUCUUCCCGAUUCCCCAACAAGUAAAACCAAAUAUCCGCCCUGACUUCCACCAUUUGGCAUGUUACCCAACGAAGCAUCACUAAAUACAACAAGCUUUAACUUCUCUUUACUGCCCAAGUUUUGAAAUUUGAGAGAUGAUUUUGUGACCUUGGCUUUACCAAUAAUUUUAUUUAUUUCCAGUACAUGCUGCACAGUGCCUUUGUUUAUGUUAUUAGCCACACUGGUCACAUCAAACAGUAAGUCAGGGCGACUUUGAUGAGCCAGCCAUAACAGUUGACCCACCUUGGAUCUCACACUAUGUUUUUCACAUUCCGUCAACUCACUAUCUUUUUCAAGAGCUCUAGAAGCAGUAAUUUCAACAGGUUUAAGUAAAUCUGUAUAAUCUAUCUGAUCAAGAUAUAUCACACCAUCUUCACCAUAUUCCAAGUCAAUACCACAAUAUUUGAAGGCUUUAUUGCUUUCUUUGCCAACACUUAAGGUAGAUCUUAUCCUACUUAUGACAUUUUCAAAUUCGGGUUUACCCCCCCAAAUAAAAUCAUCAACAUGACAUGCCAACAUCCCAUAAACAUCACCAUUUUCAUCAAGCCAAUAAAAUACAGCAGGGUCAACUUUAGAAACACAUGCUCCCAAUUCUAGUAACAGAGAUUUAACCCUACAAUACCAAUUUAAAGAAGCGUCACUUAAACCAUAUACACACUUAUUAAGCUUCGAAACUGUAUUCGAAUUAACUUUGGCUUCAAUGGGAGGUUUAAUAUAAACAUCUUUGUCUAUGGAUUGCCCUUGGAGGAAGGCAGUUUUAAUAUCCAUAGAAUUAAGCUUCCAUUUAUUCUGGGCCAAAACUGAAAUUAUCAACCUAAGCAGGGACGCCGGAACUGGGGGGGCAGGAGGGGCAGCCGCCCCCGUUGCCCUUUACCAGGAGGGGCAAGGGGGGCAAAGGUGCCCUUUCAAUUUAAAGAGUUGCUUUAGCGAAAUAACGAAUUGUCAGAAAUGUUAGUGCAAUUCUUUUACGAAUUUGCUUCAGAAAACGCAAGAACUGCAGUCAUCGAGCUUCAAGAAUAGCACAAUCGCCUGGCGGAGAACCCCCUCACACCCCUAUCAUCAAUACAUAGAAAACAUGAUUAGGCGAAGUUCAACUCCCGAUGUUUUUCAAACAUCUCUUAGUAUAUAUCAAUUCAAAAGUGCCCUUUCACGAAAAUCUGCCCCCCUUGCUUUCACAUCGUUCCCGCGUCCCUGAACCUAAGUGACUCAUGUGCACAAGUGGGGGAGUCUUUUUAAAUAGUUUGAUCAUAUUCUUCAAAACUCCGAGCAACUAGCCUAGCUUUGGGAACAAUAGAAUCAUUUAUUGUCUUAAAGGUAUACACCCACCUAGUUGAAACACAUUUUUGACCUGUAUAAGGCACUUCGUGAUAGACCUCAUUCUCUCCCCAACUUUCUAAUUCUCUCAUUUUUGCUUUGUUCACAUCAAUAUCACUCACAAGCAUGACUUCAUCAACAUCUUCAACAUAAUCAUUUAACCAAUCAGGUUUUUUAACUACUCUAGAUGACUUUCUGCAUCCCUCACUUUUAUCUGUCUCAGACCCUGUCUCUGCAGAUGUGUCACUAUUCAACUUGCAAGAAUCAUUUGAAGUGUUUUCAACUUCAUCAACUGAAGGUCUAGGUGAACUCACAGCUUCAGUAUUACCACUAGAAACUACUUUAUCAUCACUACACACUUUUUGUAGCCUGCAUCUGUGAACUCUCACUAGAGACCCACCAUGUCUCACAAACACAACUGGCCCUUCUACUCCAAUAACAACACCAGGCCCCUUCCAUUUUGUUUCAUCCGGUCUUUUAUAAUACACUUUGUUACCAGACUUAUAUACCUCAUCAGUAUUUCUGGUAUUCUUACGCAAUGCUCUCUUUAUUCUCUCAGACCGUUCAGCCUUAACAAAUGCUUCUCUGGCAGCAUACAUUGCAUUAAUGUGUGAAGCAACAUUCUCAGAAGUUGUUUGCUCCUCAAGUGCAGGUAGCUUGUCACUAAAAGCAGAAGGCAAAUUGGGAUUUCUGCCAAAGACUAUUUGGUAUGGGCUAAACCCAUUAACAUUAUUUAAGGCAUUCUUGGCAGCAACUGCCCAACAGAGGGAUAUUUCCCAGUCAUAGGCAUGGCUUUCCCUAAGCUUAACUAAUAUUUCAGUUAAUAUCAAGUUAUGUCUCUCACAUGUACCAUUACUCCAUGGACUAUAUGCAGGAGUUGUUAUAACUUCAGUGCCAAAAUUUUCACACAUAUCUCUUACUAAAUGAUUGUUAAAUUCACCCCCAUUAUCACUAACUAAUCUUUUGGGAGCCCCAUAAACAGAAACCCAAUGCUUAAUGAACAUUUCAAUAAAUGUUUCAGGUUCUUUGUUGUAUACUAUGCAUGCAUUACUUAAUCAACUAAAUUCAUCUAUUAUAUGUAAAUACCAUAUAUUACUUCCCAAUUGAUGAAGGACAACAGCAACAGUCUCAUUGAAGUCACUGGCUCGAGCUAAACCAACUACUGGUCUUGCAGGAGAUUUCUUGAACUUCUGACAUGUGUCGCAUCCAUCCACUACUUUCUGUAGGAUAAUAAAUAAUUGUUCAUCCUUAAUAUCUGCUGAUUUAAGUAAAUGAAUAAGUUUCAUUGCACUCGCAUGUCCAAAUUGAUAAUGUAGUUUUAAGAGUUUCUUCCGUUUUUCAGCAUCAUUCAUACCUUGAAACGUUGUCUUCGAAUACAUAACAUCUUCAACUUCAUCUUUGUUUUGAUUUCCGAUUAUACUAACACAAUAGUGACCAGAUGAAGUCAGUUCUAGUUUUAGUUUUUCACCAAACAGGAUCGCUUCAUCAUUAGGUAUAUCUAAUUCUGCCCCAGCUCGUUUUAGCGACUCUUUGCUUAACAGUAAGGGCAGUUCAAUCGGUACCACCUCCACUUUUAUUUUGCAAUUUGUUUUCCCAAUUUUUGCUGCAAUUGUAACUACUUUGUCAGAGUAUAUUAAUGAUCCAUGACCAAACUUGAAAGGUCUAUGACUUUUCUGAGUUGAUAACACUUUACCACCCUUCUCAACAAAGUUCUGUAGCCAUGACUUUCCACAGACAGUUUUUGUGCAAGCUGUAUCAAGAAUCGCAGUGCCACAUGACUCCGCUAUCAAUAUCUCACUUUGGGUCAACAAUGUGAUAUUUACUGAUUCCACGUCCUCUUCAGGAACCUCGUACCCAGGCUCUUUCCUCUACGCUCCUAGUUGGAGAAAAUACCCUGGCUGGGGCUGGUCACGUGUACCCUAAAUUCUGGGUGGCAAAAAGUAUAAUUGCUGUGGGAGGGGUAGUAGAGGAGUCUGUUUGUCGCGUUUGGAAUUUGCAACUUUAUGCUUUAUAGUUUCUGGUGAUAAACAUGCACUUUACAACAAGAAAUCGUGAAAGGAACUGUUCUAAAUUCGUAUUCAUCAUGACACGACUUCCUGCUGUACUGAAUGUCAUCAAUAAUAAGUGUUGUGGUACAUUUCAAGCGAGAAGUUGGAUCAUAUUUCACUUGCAAGGAAAGGACUAUACACGCGCCUGGCUUGCGAAGUUGAGCACGCAUCGCCGUAGAAACAUAAAUGUCUUCUACACCGACUGGUCGAUCAAACGAACCAUAUGGUUGUUUAUAUUUGAAGUGUAUCCUGUUCGAUAUUCAAAACAAUCCUUUGAUUUCCCAAACAUCGCCAACUGUGUGUAAAAAAUGCUAUCCCGACUGUGAAAGCACUGGAUUAAAACCCGUUAUGGACGUAACAUUCCCUGCAUUUACAUUGCUCAAACUCAACGAUGAAAAAUGAUUAUAUCGAAGUAUAAUACUAAAGCUAUCUGUUAUCACACGAACGCCAAAUAUACUCGUCCGUGUGUGGGGUACAACUUGGAUAUUUUAGGACGAAACAUGCGACCAGACACUGGUAUUGUACUUUAUAGUAAAUUAUUUCAUAUUUCAUGUAUUAGAGUAUAAAUUUACAGCAGGUACAUUAAAAAUCGUUUAAAGACCUUUCAUUGGCAUUGCCAUUGGCCUUUAUUUGAAGAAUAAUCCCGCUUAAAAUGCAGCUUCUUGCGACUUGUAUCAUGACCGCUGUGGGUCAUCAAGACAAUAUUUAUAUCAACCUUUAUUCAUGCAGUAAACUUUAUCGUAUACUGUGAUGGACCUUCUAGAGGUUUCACCAAACGAUACUGGAGACAAAUAACCUAUCUAUAUCAAUGGAAGCUCUAAAUAUUUUAUUAUAUUCAUUAAAGAAUUCUAUGAGCGAGAUGUCGUGCGCACAUAAUUUACUGUUUAUGAAUUUAAUAAUAAUAUGUAUCCCUGAUUAAACGUAGGGACACUUUAUACCAGGUAUAAUAAAAAAUAUUUUGCUAAAACUUAUCAGCUAUCAUUCCUUUGCAUUCAAGGGGCGAGGGUAAAUGGCUAUAGAAUUAUAUAGGAGAUGCUGUGCAAUAUUUUGGCUUCAGCAUACAGUUAUUCGUGCAGACAAAAAAGGAAAAGCAUACAGUUGUGAAUUGUCUUAUAAUUCUGUACUGUUGAUCCCAAACAAUUUUGUACGUUAAGAGUAACACUCCUUCCUACCUGGUGGCUGGUGUUUUAUAUAAACGAUGAUAACCUAUUUUUUAAAGAAAAUCUAGAGCACUAUGACUAUGUUUACAAACGCUUUUAUAAUCUAUUGUAGUAUUGAAUAGACAUUCGAUGUCUAUUUAGCUAGUGUCCAAAUGUGUAACGUUUAAACCACCAAGGCGAAGCGCCUACACAGUCGCUAGACGCUAGUGAGACCUCUAUUUAACAAAUUUAUACCGUUCCGUAUAACAACAAUUCAAUGGCAUAUUAUAAGAAUAUUUUACAGUAAAUAUCUGAACCCGAGGCAGAACAGAAACGUACGCGUGAAAUGAAACUGCGCCCGAACCCCGAGAGAAUAAAAGGGCGGAUAUUUCAAAGCAUACGAUCUCAUACGUUUUCGUUGCUUGAUUUCCUGACUUGUCCGUUCUAUAAGAAUAUACAGUUUAGCAGGUUUGUAUAAUUUAAAAGCAAACAAAACCAAUUUUUAGCAAGUAUUUUGAAGUAUAUAUGAUAUAUAUGAUUCUGAAAGAUAAUUGUUCAGGCGGCCACUCCUCGCAAUCGAAGUGUGAAGUGCGCAAGUGGAAACAUGUAAUAUGAGACUUUCCCAUCCCCCUAAUAGGCUAUUAAUUUUCUAUGGGUCACGUGACCAGCACCAGCCAGGGUAUUUUCUCCAGCUAGGAGCGUAGAGGAAAGAGCCUGGGUACGAGGUUGCCUCUUCAGAUGGUGGUACAUCCUCUGAUAAAUGAACUCUCUCACUUUUGUCAGGGCAGUUUGUAGCAUAGUGAAAAAUUGACUGACAAAUUCUACAUCUAGUUGGUUGACCAAAUCGGUUUAACGGAUUUGUUUUACGAUUAGAUCUAUCUUUUAUCAGAGAUGUUCUAACUUGGGUUCUAUUGCUUGCUGAAUACAUUGCUUCUUGUUUCAUCGAGAUUGCUUCAUCUCCUGUCACACCGCUGGCACUGUCUGACAAUGCACCACCAAAAAUUCUUUUUAGUGUAGACUUCAUGCUUUCAUAUUUCAGGUCAGAACAAGCAGUUAGUGGUAAUUGUCGUUGAUUUUCUGUCAAGCCUACCCCGUCCAAUAGUUUAAAGGCAAGAACAGCUUCUGGUAAAGCCAUCUCUCUCUUUUUGAUCUUGGUGUAAAGUGAAUCAAAGUCCACAAUGUAUUCUGCCAUACUUGUACUAGGUUUUUUUCUAACAGUAUCAAAAAUUUUAUACGCCUCGUAAUCACUUUCCGUAGUGGCCUUGAGAAAUAACGUAUCAAGCUUUCUUAACAAAUGACCAAGUCCGUCUUCGCCGCCGAGAUCGUCUCCUAAUUCUAAUCCAACUUAUUUUGCUUUGCCAUCAAGCGUUAAACAAACCGCAGUGCCUUGCUUUGCCUUGGCCAAACCUGUAACCUUCCUCCACAGCUCGAUUUCUUGCUUCCAUGUUCUAUAGUCAUUAUGAUACUUCGGUGGAUGUAUAAACUUACUAUCCAUAUCUUUUACUUUUUAACAACCACUCUCUGCUACCAAUGUAAAUAAAUCAAACUUUACACUGUGAUAACUUGUAAUAUCAACUUUUAAUAUGAACAACUUUACAACUCUAUCAGCGUGACCGCAUGUUCGCCAUGUUGAGUUCCACUGCUCCACUCUCCUGCGCAGACUCAGUCACGUGCUGUUCACAUUAACAUAAAGAAUAUUAACACUAUCUACGGGCAGUUUUGAAUCCGUCGCGAAGUAAUGAAAUUGACCAUGGCAACGGCGUUGUCUGCGGCUAAUUAUAGCCUUCCGGAGACAAAUUCUUGAUUUCUGAUAUUUGUACGUUUAUCGACCAAAUAUUGAAAAUCUAACCCAAACACCAUUUAUAACUAGGUAUUACCUAAAUUUAAGCAAAAUAUUAAAGAAAUCUAUUUUUCGUGUAUUGCCGCAGAAUUCAAAUUUUGCUCGAUUUUUACGGACAGUUGCUCUUAAGCCCUUUGAGUUAAGAGUUGUUCUUUACAAAUCCUGAUUUAGUUCUCUCAUUUCACGAUGUCACUGUCUCCGUCUUAGUAAAAUAUAUUUCUUAAAAUUGCUGAAAUUUUACAUUAUCCCUCGUUGUUUGCCAGUAUUUUUGCGAGUAUACAUGCCUCACUUGUUUACAUCCACCAAAUGUCGAGGCUUAACUCGAAUGCUAAAAUCGUUAACCCGGGGUUUAACUCGAAGUACUAAAACAACCUUAUGUUCAUCGAGUUAAGACCCCGGCAAAAAAGGCGUAGCAGGAGCUUAACUCGAAAAGGGCUUAACUCGAAGGGCUUAACUCGAAAAAUACCUAGCCUGCCACGAUGCGUCUCAACGUCUUUAGUCGGACGAUUGUUAACUCUAAUUCUGACCCAGAGCAUAGAGCUCACUUUUUUAUGCUCUGAGAAUUACCUGAAUUUUCCUGAAAAUCUACCUGAAAUUGCUCAUGAGCAAUUACAGGGGAGUUGGGGUGUUGCACCCUCACACCCCCGCUCGCUACGGGCCUGCAAACGACAGAGUGCGGAGUCGGAGGUUUAUGGGGGCAUAAAGUGGAAAACGCGGAGUCUCGUUAAAAUCGAAUCUUUGGGCAAACUAAAUAAUUUCUUACGAAAGCAUUAGACUAGUUCUAUAUCUGACCAAGUUUGAACGAAAAAGUUGAAAACUCGCAGAGUUAUUUAACAAAAUACAUUUCCCUGCAAUAAGAAAAACAUUGAAAAUGUAAUAUUGAAAUACAAUUUUCUCCCGAAGAAUUUUACGGCAAUUAUUGAUUUUCAAACGAGUUGUUCUCCUGCGGGUUUUAACGAAUUUUUCUCAAAUUUCCACAGUACAUAGCUAAAGACGUCAGUUUCAAAAUUGUGUUCGGCUUUUUGUAAUUUUGGAUAUUUUAAUAAUAAGAAGCAAUUCACUCAAACGAUUCAGAAAUAUAUCGCAGUAGUCAAAGAAGUCGCUAUAUCAGCGAAAUAAACAGAAAUUUCCGAACACAGUUGCUUAGAACAACUAUUUUACUGCAUAAAAAUGAUAUUUUCAUAAAUAUAUCUUAAGAUCAUCAGGAAAACAACUCAAAAGCGUGAAGGUACCGCAAUUUAAGAUUUUCCUGAAUAAUUCUUACAAUAUUGUUUGUCAAUUUUACAACUUUACAGUAUUUUGCAUGCACUGGCAAACAUUUGGUGAAAACCUUGAUGAAAAUCUUGAUGAAAAUCGGACUGAUAUUGAGUGCGCAGUAGCGAUUUUCUGCAAAACGCCCAAAAGGGUGUCCUGUAACCUUAACGCACUGGUUCACUGUAAAAAUAGCAGACAAGAAAAUUUUGGUUACUGGUCUUAAGCUUCAGAAUCCUAACCAUGGUAACAUUACGGCAACAGAAUCUUAGAGUCUUACUCUUAUUUAGAAAAAUACAGCAAAUUCACAAUAACCUAACUUCCUUUAUUUCUAGACUUUCCCAUGAUGAUUGUGGAGGUUGCAACAACGUUCUGUCUUGUUUGGUUUGUUUGGUAUCUUGUGACAACGUACUUUGAAAGAAGAUUAAUGCCACCCGGACCGUUUCCCUACCCAUUAAUUGGAAAUCUGCAACAUUUAAAUUCCAAUUCGAGUAAACCAUUUAGAAAACUCAGAGAGACAUAUGGCGACAUAUUCUCAGUUACUUUAGGGGGAACAUCUGUUAUUGUGAAUACUGCCUCACUUGCUCGAGAAGUUAGGCUUGGCCGAAAUAAAGAUUAUGCGGUUAAUGUAUUAUCUGAAAGCGUUUAUCCAUUUAAUAUUAUAUUAGGCCCAAAUGAUGUCAUAUUCGCGAGUUAUGGAACACCAUACUUGUUUCGUAAGAGAGUAUUUAAGUCAGCAAUGCAUGUUUUUGGAGCAGGUAUCAAUGACGCAGAAGAGAGAGGAGGACACGCAGUAAAAUCUAUGUUGGAGAAGAUUGAUUCUAUGAAAGGUCAGCCGUUUUCUCCGAAGGAACUAAUCGAGUCAGCAAUACUGAUUCAACUGUGGCAAUGGCUUACAUCCGAGAAAGUAUCAUUUGAGCACACGAAUAUAAAGCUCCUUCUUGAAUUUAGUGAAAUAAUCGCAAAACAAAACGUGGAAGGUACUUACUUCCACAAGUUACCGUUCCAUUCCUAUCUUCCAACUGAAUUCAAUCGAAGCAUAAAGCGAGCUACAGAUAUAAAAUCCUCCAUAAUGCCGCAGACUUUCCAAUCCCACCUAGAGACUUACACCCCAGGCGUUAUUCGUGACAUGAUUGACAGUUUUAUCAGUGCUUAUAAGAAGGAGACGGCAAAAGAGACGAGCAAAGAUAUUGGAUCUAUUGACGAUAUUCGAGAUAUGAUGAUUGAUGUUACUUUUGCUGGUUCAGAUACAACUUCUUCCACACUGGCGUGGUUUAUAUUGUACAUGGUCUCAUAUCCUGAGGUUCAGAAGAAAAUCCACGACGAACUUGAUCAAGUCAUAGGUAAAGACGACUUACCUCGCUGGCAAGAUGUCAAGAACAUGCCCUACCUGCAAGCCACGAUAUGUGAAGUUAUGCGUAAGUCUAGUCCAGUACCAAUAACCGGUUCAAACACAAUACGUGCUAUAACCGUAGCUGGGUACCGUAUUCCUAAAGGAACGUCGGUAGUCCUCAAUUUAACCCAAAUUCAUCAGGACGAGCAGGAGUGGCCGGAGCCUGAGGAAUUUAAACCUGAGCGCUUCCGUGACGUCGAAGGGAAGUUUGUUGGUUGGACCAAACUUGAUGCUUUUCUGCCAUUCGGACUUGGUCGUAGAGAAUGCGCUGGUAUUGCGUUCGCAAAAAUUAUGUUGUUUACUUUUGCAGCGACGUUAUUACAUCGUCUUAGGUUUGAAUUACCAGAAGGAGCCGAAAAGCCGAAUGAGGAACCGUCUUCUAUUACAUUUGUGUCUUCUCCAGGAGAUUUCAAGGUUGUAGCGAGAAACCGACGUUAAAAACACAUCUGGACUUUGGAUUAAAGGAUCACAAAAUAGAAUAUGCAAUGCAGUAAAAUAUAUUGUAUUUACUAGAAGCUAACUUUAACUUCAGAUGAACUAUGAGGUACAUGAGGACAUAAUUAUGUAUAGGAACUAAGUUCGCUUGUAGUUUAAGUGGAUAGUUUAAAUUUGUGUACUGAUUUGUGCAUUGAAGGAUUUGGCCAGAUAUCAUACUAGGAGAAAUAAUCAAAGUUCUGCUUAACAACAUUGCUGGAGCCUCGUGCUCAGGGUGAUUCAAAUGAAACUUUUAAAAUUAUGGCCAAAACAUGUUCUGUAAGUCAAGAUCAUCGUAUUGCACGUGCCAUAUAGAGCUUAAAGAGGCAAAUAACACCAUUGAUUUCAACACUAAAUUAGAACAUCAUAAAAUGUACAGUAUAUAAAGUAUCGACAAUGGUUACUGCAUGGGAACUAUCGUAAGAAAUUCUUAGGAGACUGGCAUUGGGAUUUAGUAUGGGAUAGUAUGUUACUGAACAAUUUAUUAUACAUGUAUGUAUUUUUAAAUAUUCUUGAGAUGCCUAGAGACUGAAGCAUAAUUUAUUAAAGUUAAAGUUCUUUACAGUCUGCGAACCAGGGCGCUUAUAUAAGCGACCUGCUGCGAACGUCUUCUGAACAAUGUAAUAGAUUUAAAGGCCGUUUUCCACUAGGCGGAAUUUUCCGCGCGGAGCGGAAUUUCUCUUUGUCUUUUCUAAUUAGUUCCACCUGAGAAAUCACAGGACAAAGAAAAAUAGGUACGCAGUGCGUACAUGUUGCAUGCCAUCUGAAACCCUUGACGCGCUAUAGCCUAUAGCGCUUAUAACCUUUGGUACAACUGGCGUGAAACUUCAAAUAUUGAUUCAAUAAGUUUAAUAUCAAAAUAUUUAUUGAAAAAUAGCUAUUAUGUCAAAAUAAGAAAACUUAUUAAGAUUCUCACGCGAAUUAGCCUACGGUGUAGACCCCAGCAGAAACACGCGAAUAGGCAAUGUUUUUAUAAGCGACCG